AUGGCACUCAAGCUUGAAUUAGAGCAAUGGCAGCAUGCUUGCGAGGCAUUCGACAAUCGAGACUACUAUGGUGCUCUACAAGCCUUCUACAAUAUGGCGGAUAACGCAAAAAUGUACUUUAACAUUGGUCUCAUCUUUGCUACAAUUGAGGAACAUGAACGCGCGAUCGCUGCUUAUCGCAAAUCCAUUGAGAUGGAUCCCUACUUUGCCGUGGCCUACUUUCAAAUGGGUGUUUCAUACUUUGUGGUGAAUGAUAUGGAAGCUGCAAGGCAGGCCUUUGACUAUGCUUACCAGAAAUUGCGUGGCAAUCCAAUUAUAAACUAUCAGCAGUUGGGGCUGGCCUUUCGACUGUAUUCAUGUGAGGUGCUAUUCGACCGCGGCAUUUGUCAGUUAUAUCUAGGCAAGAUUGAUGCUGGUUUGACCGAUCUUUAUCAUGCACAAAAGUCGAAAAUGACAGAGGAACACGAGGUGAUUGAUCAAGCGGUGCGUGAUCGUGGCAAAGGUUACUCUGUGUAUUCGAUUCCACCAGGCGUUCUUUAUCGCCCACCAGAAAAUCGAUUAAGACAAAUGCAAGGUGUCGACAUGUUCGCCAAUGUUCAAAAGAUCCAAGCUCCUACGGCAGCUAAAUUCAGUCGACAAAAUUCGGUUUUACGUCCACGACGUACAGCUCCAGCAGCAGCAGCAGCAGCUCCAUCACCCGUACCAGCAGCACCCUCGCCUAUUCCCCCUCCACCUUCCGUAUCACCCAUGCCAACAGCAACCACCUCUUCUUUUACACCUCAAUCAUCACCAAGACCUCGUAAAGAUUCCACUGCUUAUAGUAUCAAUACUAUGGACGACUUUUCAUCAUCGACAUCCUCAUUCAGCUCAUCACGAUAUCGAUACGAUGGUCGUCGUAUUGAUAGCGGCUUUGAUGAAGAUAGGUAUUCUUCAGCAUCUUCUUCAACAGGACGCAACUCGACACGUAGCCACAAGACGCUUGGACGCUAUUCACCACCACCCGUACCACCCAUUCCACGAAGCCAACAAUACGAUACCGAUUUCGAUCCAAUCACUAGCUACGGUCGCCAUGACUCCUCACCACAACCACCGCCUAUGCCGCAACAUGAAUUGGAUGACAUGUACAAUUCCAUGAAACACAUGACCGUAUCUCCACAACCCUCCACAUCCACAUCAUCUUCCGUGGCAGGCAACAAGAUCAAAAUCAAGGUGCAUUAUUCAGAUACUCGAGUGCUGUUGAUGCCAACUCAUAUCACAUUUGACGAGCUGUUGGCACGCAUUCGUUCCAAAUUCAAUGCGCCACCCACUUUGCGUCUUCAAUACAAGGACGAAGAUGAUGAAAUGGUUAUCAUGAUUGACGAUGAUGAUCUAAGCAUGGCAAGGCAGAUUUGUAAAAUGAGGAAUGGCGACAGUGGGGUGGAAAGAAUGGAAAUCUGGUGUACCACGUAA